AUGCAGAAGACCUUUUACUUCGUGGAUGGGGUACAGCCCAACAAGACCUCGCAAAAAUUGAUGCGCCGGCAUGUCAUGAAAGGCAAGAAUGCUGGGAAGAAGAUUCACCGACCGUCAAGACUGGGACUCCGAGCGAAGGCGAUCGACGCUCGGGAUUCCAACCGCGAAAACCGCCCAGUCGGACCACAUCUGCCUUGCAACACGGUGGAUAGGAGCUUUGGACAUGUGAUACUUGCCGCCUCUCUUCCCACGGUGGAAAUCACUCCCGCCUCCUUGGAAACCAUCAACCAGUUCUUUGACCUGACCACCGAUCGUCUAUGUCCCGUUAGGCUGGGUAUCUCAUUAGAUGAGGUCAAGUAUUCAUGGUUUCAGAUGCUCUUCACUGACGAAGCAGGCGAGUUUGCACAUGCUCACAUCCAUAAAGAUCCUUCCCUUUCUUUUCUAACAUCAUUCCCAGCCUACCAUUGCAAUCUUGGCCUGAUGCAAGCAUGCAACGGAAUAUUUUUAAGCGAUGGCAACAGCCCUGCGAAAGCAUUGUAUCAUCUAUCUCAAACAUUCUUCCGAGUCCAGGCGAGACUGGAGAGCGAUGAUGCUCUGUCGGAUUCGACUCUAGGACUGGUAAUUUCACUCGUGCUCCAAGAGCAGAUAAGAAACCAGCUCCCCGCCGCUCAAGUGCAUGGUAGGGGUUUGCAACGAAUGAUUCAGCUCCGAGGAGGACUCACUCAACUGGAAGGAAAUGUUGGUCUUGUAUUGAGAGCUUGCAAGGCGGAUAUAAUGCUCGCUUUGCAGCAUGGAGGACCAACAAUGUUCUUUCGAGACCGCAUGCACGAAGUUUGGAAUAUAAUCGCCUCCAAAGGAUAUGAUAUCGACCACAUCCCGGCUGCAAAUCCAGUGCCAGGCGAGAGCAUGGACCCCCAUCUCCUUGCUAUAUUCUCCGACGCCAAGAAAGUCUGUUGGCUAGUGAACCACAACCCGGAUCACCCAGUGCUUGACUAUUUUGUUUUCGAGGAGGUUUUUGUCUCAUUAUGUUAUCGCCUACUUCGUUUCCGAUCGUUGAAUGAUUUGAGGAUGCAGCCCGACUCACAAACAACGUGUUACCUUGGAUUGCUCAUGUUCAUCAUGACGACCUUCUUCCAAAUUAACCGGAACCGGAUUCUGGAGUUUGCCUUGUUAUCUCUGUGCUUCAGAGAUUUCAUCGACAACAAGCUACAUCAGCCCAGGGAUGGAUCGGCUCUUUGGGUUGUGAUCGUUAGUGGCAUAUGGAAUCCGGGAGAUGUGAAUUUCGACCAGAUCGCCUCGCAGGUACGGCAAUUUGCUCAACAACGAGGAAUGGAUAGCUGGGACCAUGUUCAACGCUAUUUAUGUCACUUUCCAUGGAUACAAGCUCUGCACGACGAACCCGGUCACAAUCUAUGGAAUCGAGUAUUGUACACUACAUAG